AUGUCUGAGAGAUCUCAGAGUCCUAUUUCAGAGGGCAGUAGCCGGCCGUACGACUUCAGCCGAACCAACCCCUACGCCCAGGUCUUGAACCAGGAGGGCCUGGGGGGCGCGGGGUGCCUUCAGCUCCCCCACGGAGUCCUGCAAGAGCCGGGUCUCCUCUUCAACAAGACUACGUACGGCGGGAUCACAUCAUCCGCGCCCCAAACCCUUUGCCCGUUCCCGCCGGUCGGAGACUACAGGGCCUCUGACCUGCAGGUCGGAGAGUUUGGCCAUCCUAGACAUUGGUAUCAUUUCGCCGCACCAGAGUACACCGGACAAGUCCCCGGGAUAACAGCGGCUACCCAGGCGGCAACUACGAGUCCCCCCAUCGCCGAGAGCAGGGAACAGAUAAAAUUACCAGAGGUGAAGAUCGAAAAGGUCACCGGGGACGCGUAUCCGGACAUAAAGGUUCAGCAGUAUGCGGCCCCGACGGCGUCCAACGCUGCUCCGCACGGGGUCUAUUACUCUGCCCCCUGGAACCCCUCGUUCUGGCCCGGCCUCCCACAUAUCACCCCGCCCGGGGUCGUUAGUCAAAACCCGUCAACAUCGUCUGCCUCGUCCCCGUCUCUCUCCCCGUCGCCGCCGAGCAACGCCCUGCCGGGAAACGCGUUUCUCAGCGGGAACUCAAACCAGCCUGUCACCGCGUCUCAAACGCAGACCCCCGCGCUGGCCCGCAGCACCGGCUCCUCGAGCGCAGGAUGCAGCGACUCCGAGGAGGAGGAAAACUUUUCGACUGAGGAGCUGGAGCAGUUUGCCAAGGAGCUGAAAUGCAAACGUAUCACAUUAGGAUUCACUCAAGCUGAUGUUGGCCUUGCCCUGGGUAACCUUUAUGGGAAAAUGUUCAGUCAGACCACUAUCUGUCGCUUUGAGGCUCUCCAGCUGAGCUUCAAGAACAUGUGCAAGCUGAAACCCCUCCUUCAGAGAUGGCUGAAUGAGGCUGAAACCUCAGAAAACCCCCAGGAUAUGUACAAGAUUGAGCCGGUAUUCGUGGACACAAGGAAAAGGAAGAGAAGAACCAGUUUGGAGGGCACUGUGAGAUCUGCUCUGGAGGCCUACUUUAUCAAGUGUCCAAAGCCAAACCCUCAGGAGAUCACCCAUAUCUCAGAGGACCUUGGACUGGAAAGAGAUGUGGUGCGUGUGUGGUUCUGCAAUCGCAGGCAGAAGAGAAAGCGCCUGGCUUUGCCGCUGGAUGAGGAGUGUGAGGGCCAAUACUAUGAGCAGAGCCCUUCUCCACUUAACAUGGCCCCUUCCCCCAUUCCCAGCCAGAGCUAUCCUGCUCCCAGUUAUCCCGGAGCCCCACCUACAAUCUACAUGCCCCCACUUCACAGGCCUGAAGUUUUCAAGCAGGCCCUCCACCCCGGACUGGUGAGUCAUCUGACUGAUAAACAUGUUCAUAUUGGCAGCCCAUCAAAACCCGUCAACAUCAUCUGUCUCAACACCGUCUCUCUCCCCGUCGCCACCGAGCAAUGCCUUGCCGGGAAAUGCGUUUGUCAACGGGAACUCAAGCCAGGCUGUCACCGCGUCUCAGAUGCAGACCUCUGCGUUGACCCAAAGAAGCCAAUGGAUGAGCAGAUAACCCAAUCUUCAACGCCCUUGCUUAAUAAAGCCUGCGAGGCCGGAACAGCCGGGGGUCAUUAG